AUGGCCCAGCAGUAGAUGACCAGCACGCAAAAAGCCUUGAUGCUUGAGCUGAAAUCCCUGCAGGAGGAACCGGUGGAGGACUUCCGGAUCACCCUGGUGGAUGAGUCCGACCUCUACAACUGGGAGGUGGCCAACUUCGGACCCCCUAACACCCUCUACGAAGGCGGCUACUUCAAGGCACAUAUUAAAUUUCCUAUUGACUACCCAUAUUCACCACCUACCUUCAGAUUCUUGACCAAAAUGUGGCACCCCAACAUUUAUGAGAAUGGAGAUGUAUGCAUUUCAAUUCUUCAUCCGCCUGUAGAUGACCCACAGAGUGGAGAACUGCCCUCUGAAAGGUGGAAUCCUACUCAGAAUGUGAGGACUAUCCUGUUAAGUAUAAUCUCACUGCUUAAUGAGCCCAACACCUUUUCUCCAGCCAACAUGGACGCCUCAGUUAUGUUCAGGAAAUGGAGAGACAGUAAAGGAAAAGACAAGGAGUACGCCGAGAUCAUUAGGAAACAGGUCUCGGCCACUAAGGCUGAAGCAGAAAAGGAUGGAGUGAAGGUCCCCACAACCCUGGCAGAGUACUGCAUCAAAAGUAAAGUGCCUUCCAAUGACAACAGCUCAGAUUUGCUCUAUGACGACUUGUAUGACGACGACAUCGAUGAUGAAGACGAGGAGGAAGAAGAUGCCGACUGUUAUGAUGAUGAUGAUUCUGGGAAUGAGGAGUCGUGACAUGUUCCUUCAGUGCCCCUGUACUGCCCUGACGUCUCAGGCCAAAGGGAGGGGAGCAAGUGGGGAUCUAUGGUGGCCCUUCAGCAAAAACUUACUCAUGGGGUGGGGAAACACACAGCUCCUGCUGACUCCCCUGCAGAUCUCAGUUUGCUCCUUUUUAUGGACCUUACUGGAGAGAAAGUGCCCUCCACGGAAUGUCUGAAUUCUUGCGUUCUUGACCCUCUCAUCACUGUAUUGAUUCUUUUUAAAAAACAAAAACAGCCACCACCCUUCAAACUCCCACCUCACUUCAUCUCUGCAGAAUGUUCACAGCAAAACACGUUUGUCUGUUUUUAGAUUCUCGAA